CCUAGUUGAAAUUUUGCAUUUUCUUUCACUUUUUGUACUCUAAACACGGCAAGGCAAACGGGCAAAAGGCAAAGGCAGUGCCUCAGCCAGCCAACUAUGGCAACUGACAUUGUCCUGUCAGUUGUCCUCUCUCUCUCUCCCUCUCUAUCUCUCUCUCCCUCUCUGUCUAACGCACAGCUGUCAAAAAUGGUGAAAAAAUUGCAGCGCCUGCGCAUUGGGAAAUGGUGAAGAAUCCUGGGUCGAUGACAAAACCAGACAGAUGGCAUUUAUUUAGCAUUACAGAACGUCAUAGACACCCAAUAAGGAGCAAUUUAAAAACAAAAAAAAUGGGUGCCACAGCCUCGUGUAAGAACUCAUCAGGCAGUGGCUAUCCCGAGCACGAUGAUCCCGCGUAUCGGAAAUGUCAGGAGCUGAAGAUGGAGCGCUGGAUACAGAUGCACUAUCAAAUGAAGCAACGGGAACAAGCACUGGCCAUAGCCAAACAUCGAGAACUCUUUUAUUGGCUAGGCGGUUUCUAUUUAAGCGCCGUCUAUGGUUGUGCCAGUUAUUAUCAGAGAAUUAAACGGGUUUCAGCUUUGGCUCCAUUACUGCCACUGACAUUUGUCAUGGGCUAUUAUACAGAUUGGGCCUAUGGCAGUAAAUUGCAUCGGAUUCAGGCUGAGGCCAAUAUGAUAAUGGAGCAUGAACAGGAAUUACUUCAUUGGCCUGGAGGUCUACCAACCGUCUCUAGUAUAGACGAGGCCAGAGUUGAGAUUGAGAUGGAGAAGAAAAUGCAUCCACAUCACAUGUAGAACUAAAAAUUGUUUCUUUCUUACUGAUCUGAUCUAAACUGAAUUGCUCAUACGCAUAAUUAUAUACAUAUAUAUAUAUGAUAUAUAGUACCUACAUCUAUCUAGCUCUUACUACACAUAACUUUCUCUCUCUAUCCGUCUAUAUGUAGUUUUUGCAGCAAUUUUUGUCAAGACAAUACUUCUUAUAUGAAAUAUAUAUACACAUACAAAUAUAAGUAUAUAUAUAUAUAUAUAUAGUUAAUGAUUGAACAACACAAUUGUAGCUUAGAUAAUCUAAUAAAAUAUAUAGCUCCCAGUUGGAAACAUUUA